GGGCGGGGUUUCGGCCAUAUAAAUCCCGUCGGCGGAGGCUGCGGAAGCGGCUGCAGAGCAUGGCGGGGCGGGGGAAGCUGAUCGCCGUGAUCGGCGACGAAGACACGGUCACCGGCUUCCUGCUCGGCGGGAUAGGGGAGCUCAACAAAAACCGCCACCCCAACUUCCUGGUGGUGGAGAAGGACACGUCCAUCAACGAGAUCGAGGACACCUUCCGGCAGUUCCUCAAUCGGGAUGACAUAGGCAUCAUCCUCAUCAACCAGUAUAUCGCUGAGAUGGUGCGGCACGCGCUGGAUGCCCACACCCGCUCCCUGCCCGCCGUGCUGGAGAUCCCCUCCAAGGAGCACCCCUACGACGCGGCCAAGGACUCAAUCCUGCGCCGGGCCCGCGGCAUGUUCACGGCCGAAGACCUGCGCUAACAACCCCCGCCUACUAGCCCUGAGCCUGGGGCCUGCCCUCCGCAGUGUGUACGUGUGUGUAUGUGUGUGUCCGUCUGUCCAUCCAGUGCCCCUCCCCUUGCUCAGAGGUUUAUCUGAGGGGGUGUGGCCUCAGCUCACUGGUGCCCUUCAGCUGGGUGAGUUCUCUCCAGCCCCCCUGGGGUAGACCAGGACAAGUCUGUCCCUGUGGUGACCUUGGAAGGAGACCAAAAACUCCAAGGGAAAGUAGAGCUCAGGGAACCCAAAGCUGGCUCUGCCCCCCACAACACAAACACGUGCACCUUUCUUUCCUUCCACUCACCUGCUCCCCAGCAAGGCUGGUGCUGGCUGUUGCAUGUUGUUAUUAAAUUAAAGGCUCCCCCUCUCCUG